AUGGCGGUCAUCACAGAAAGAUUUCAAGCCAUUCUCGCCCUAGUAUUAAUAGCUUUGCUCUCUUUUAUGGCCGAAGCUUCACGUCAUGGCCCUGUCGAAGGUGAUUCCGGAGUUUUCGAUGUUGCAUCCUACGGUGCAAAGGCAGAUGGUGAGAGCGACGAUGCCAUGGCAUUUGUGAAGGCAUGGGUUGCAGCAUGUAAAUCUAGUGGUGGCUCGGCUAAGCUUGCCAUUCCUACAGGGACAUAUAUGACAGGGCCAGUCGUGUUUCAAGGGCCAUGCAAAGGCUCCAUGACCGUUGAAGUUCAAGGAACUAUUAAAGCAACAACUGAUGUUAGUCAAUACAGUUCUCCUGAAUGGUUUUCCUUCGAAAACAUCGAUGGUUUGAUGGUCAAUGGCGGAGGAACUUUCGAUGGUCAAGGCGCGGCUGUGUGGAAGUACAAUGACUGUAAAGAUAGCUCAGACUGUCAACUUCUCCCGGCCUCAAUUAAAUUCACGUGGGUGAAAAACGCCGUAGUUCAUGAGAUAACUUCCCUGAAUAGCAAAGCGUUCCACAUGCACGUUGUUGACUGCGACAACUUUAAAGCCCACGACCUCACUAUAACUGCGCCAGGUGAUAGCCCGAACACGGAUGGCAUGCAUAUCAGCAGGUCUAAUCACGUCAGUAUAUCUGACAGCCAAAUUGGAACCGGUGAUGAUUGCAUUUCCAUUGGACAAGGGGCAACUCAAGUCUCCAUUCAAAACAUUGUUUGUGGCCCCGGACAUGGCAUAAGUGUUGGCAGUCUUGGCAAAUAUAAGGACGAGAAGGAUGUGAGUGGGAUUUCCGUGACUGGUUGCACACUGAAAGGCACCACGAACGGUGUGAGGAUCAAAACCUGGCCGGGCUCACCUCCAAGCCAAGCCUCGAGCAUUGCUUUUGAGGACAUAACUAUGGAUUCGGUUAAAAACCCCAUUGUUAUUGAUCAGAACUACGGUUCCCACAAAAGUCGGCCAUCCCAAGUGAAGAUUAGCAACGUCCGUUACACGAACAUAAAGGGCACCUCGUUGUCACCUAUGGCAGUGUCAAUAGUGUGCAGCUCAGAUGUGCCGUGCACGGGGAUUGAGAUGACCGACAUCGAUUUGCAAGUCGAGGGAAAGAGUUCAAAAUCGGACUCCGUUUCAUCCUCAUGCUCCAAUGCAAAGAUUACCUUCGGGGGAAAACAGAAUCCCCCAGCUUGUGAUGUUUAG